GUUGUAGAAGGUUAUUCAUUACAGUGGGUUUCUCCCAAAGUUGUCCUAUAUUUGCUAAUUACUACAGAAAGCGACUACUCAAGUCAAGGAAGGUUUUUUGCAUCUUCGUGGUACGUAAUCUUGACAAAUAUGAUAGAUCUUCACUACGCUGUGAUAGCGUUCGUUAGGGCUUGAAAUAUGCUGCAAUCGCCCAAUCUCAAGAUUGAUAUAGGGAUCCCUAUUUUGGGGAAAGUUUUAUCCGUUUUGGGGAAAUUUUAAAGAAUCUGCUAUAUGAAAUUCCGGGGAAAUGGCACAGCAAUCUCAAAAUUUCCCUUGAUCUGAGGAAUUCCCCGAAAUUUUGGGGAAGACAAUUGGACUUUGCGGAUUUCUCCAAAAUUGGGAGAUUCGGCAGCAUUGCUAUUAAUUUAUAAAAAAAUCGCUUGGUUAAAAUCAGAGUUAAGCUGUAAGUUUUAUUGCUUGACAAAAAGUCACGAUACUCAUAAUGUUUACAUCACGAACGUCGUGUUGCCAAAGAUCUAUCUUAAAUCUUGUCGGUUCGUCAGUCUCGUCGAAAUUUCAGACGAUAAUACUUUAUAGGUCUCGAAUAUAAAUCAUUUUUUAUCGAUAUCUGAUAAAGCCGUACCAAAUGUUUAAUGAUCUUGUGUAACAGUUCGCCCUCUGUCUGAUUCUGAUAUUAGUUGGUAUUUAUAUUAUUACUCUCCCAUUAAAUCUACCUGUCAUUGUUUUAAGAUUCCAGCAUUUAGCACAGAUUUCAAUUUAAUCUCGAAGAAUUCAACUUAACUCUAUCCUCUCAAGGAUCCAUUCGUGAGUAAAAUCCAAACGCGUAUAGAAGAUGGUUGAGGUUAACGAUGGUCGCCAUUUUAAAAAUCCUUACCACGAUUAUAUGCCUGGAGACCAGCUUAAAGUACUUUCAGUAUUUACUUGUGCACCACGUUCCAGGUGGGAGAUACAAACAUCCCAAACAAAAUUGUCGAACUGUUAAAUGUUCUGAAUUCGAAUUUCGAGAAGUUAUCGUCGUCUGACGUAUCAAUGUACACGGGCUUGUCAGGUGUUGGACUGUUCUACAAUUUCCUAUCACAAUGCAAAUGUGAAUUAUUAGACAGAAAGAUACGUGAAAAUGGUGUUGUAUGUACAGAGAAGUUGUUAAAUCGAUGUCUACGUCACAUUAACUUAAAAGAGUUGUCUAAAAAUAUCAGUGUUUACACUAGCCCGAUCGGUCCAUUGUGUUUAGGUGCUUUAUCAUCAAUCAAGCAUGGAAGUGAGAAUACAGAGUCAAAGAAGUUCGUAGAAGACAUUUUGUCAGCGAGUAAAUAUGGCUUGGAUGUGGACUGUGGGAUGCCUGAUGAAGCGUUAUAUGGACGUACUGGCUAUCUAAAUUGUUUGAUAACACUUCGAGAAAAUAAUUUCGACAUCCCUGUUUCUGUUGUCUCUUCGAUAACAGAUGCUAUAUUGAAGUCUGGUCAGAAAACAGCUGGUGCUUACAAAUCGAAUGGUUUUUAUAAUCGAUUGAUGUACCAGUCAUCGAAACGAGAUUUGUGCAUGCCACCGUUAAUAUUUGAAUGGUAUAAUGAAUGUUAUCUUGGUGCGGCGCAUGGUUUUGCUGGUAUCUUGACUACUCUACUGAAGGUAUAUCGUUUGUUUCCUGGCAGCAUAUCAUCACAUUCCUUAAAUCAGUUAAUUCUACCUACUGUCGAUUGGAUGAGUCAACUUCAGUUAUCCAACGGAAAUUGGUCUCCUAGUUUAGGUGAUAGCGAAAGUCAUGACAUAUUGGUUCAUUGGUGUCAUGGUGCAACGGGUGUUAUUCCACUUAUGCUCUCAGCUUACAAGAUUACAGGUGAAAAUAAAUAUUUGAAGUGUGCGUUAGAUGGAGGAGAAGCUGUAUGGACUCGUGGUCUACUUCACAAAGGCUGUGGUCUAUGUCACGGUUCAGCUGGUAGUGGUUUCGCUCUAUUAGAGAUUUAUCAAACAACUCAAGAUCCCAAAUAUUUGUAUAGAGCUAUAAAGUUCGCUGAAUGGUGUACCGACUGUUUUAAAAAUGCUACUCGCGUUGCUGAUCGUCCGUACUCACUUAUGGAAGGUCUUGCUGGGACACUGUACUUCCUUGUUGGUAUUUUGGAUCCAGUUAAUUCGAAGUUUCCUCUACUAAGUGGAUUGUGAAUAGAAAGAAACAAUGAUUUUAUUUAUAUCUAUUCAACUAACUUUGUCUGUCAUUUUGUACUCGCAUCUAUUUGUUCAUCAUCCACUUAGUUUAUGAGAAAAUGUUAUUUGAGUCUCGUGUCUGCCGAAUAGUUCACAUUUGUUUUAACGAUAUUAUAUUCAAUGUAUUUUGUGUUGUAUACUCUGUUUAGUCUAAACCCGUGUGUGAAAAUGCCAGUUUAAGGCAUACUGUGUAUAUUUAACGGUGUUGAUUGUUUGAAUAUUUGAUGAGCAUCGUACUGUG